GGGAAAAAGGAUAAAGAAAGGACAGUGGGGGCACAGAAAUAGAGAGAGAGCGAGGGGUGAUGGGCGUCCUUAAAUUGCACUCGCUCAGUGGUGGAGCCGUCGUGUUCGUCACUCAGACUCCUCACUCUAAGCCGCCAAGAUCAGGUGCUUCUUCUUCUUCCUCCUUUUCCCGGAACUCCAUCGGCUUCUUCGGUCGCCGAUUGCAUCCGUAUCCGCCUUUCAGAACCAAAUUUUGGGAAACCAGGAAGGAUAGAGUUAAAAAUAUAAAGAGGGACUACUUAAAGUCAAGGAUGGGAGAACAGGAUUGCACUGUCGUUAUUCCAGACUGUGAGCCUAGAAAGAUGGUUUUCCAGGCUGUUAUUGAGGAGGGAGUUUUCAGAUUUGAUUGUUCUGAGGAUGCAAGGCCAGCGUCAUAUCCAAGUCUCUCGUUUUCAAAUCCAAAAAGUAGAGAGAUGGCUAUUACAACACUUAAGCGACCUGAAUAUGUUCCUUCUUGUGGUUGCAUAAAUGGUCAACAGUUUGUCACAAUUAAGCUUCCCCUAGGAACUUCUUUCUAUGGAACUGGCGAAGUAGGUGGGCAACUUGAACGAACUGGAAAAAGAGUUUUUACAUGGAACACUGAUGCUUGGGGUUAUGGUCCUGGAACUACCUCAUUGUACCAAUCACAUCCUUGGGUUCUUGCUCUUCUGCCAGAUGGAGAAGCUUUUGGAAUUUUAGCUGAUACAACUCGUCGCUGUGAGAUUGACUUGAGGAACGAGUCAACAGCAAGAUUCGUAGCUCCUUCAGUGUAUCCUGUUUUGACAUUUGGCCCAUUUCCUUCUCCUUCUGAAGUUUUGGCAUCUCUAUCUCAUGCAAUAGGAACUGUGUUCAUGCCUCCAAAAUGGUCUCUAGGUUAUCACCAAUGUCGUUGGAGUUAUGACUCGGACGAAAAGGUUCUUAAGGUAGCUAAAACAUUUCGCGAGAAGCAUAUCCCUUGUGAUGUUGUGUGGAUGGACAUCGACUAUAUGGAUGGUUUUCGAUGUUUUACCUUCAACCAAGAUCGUUUUGGCAAUCCAAAAUCUUUGGUGGAUAAUCUUCAUAAGAAUGGCUUCAAAGCUAUCUGGAUGCUUGAUCCGGGGAUUAAAUAUGAGGAAGGUUACUUUGUUUAUGACAGUGGCUCUGAUAGUGACAUCUGGAUCCAACGAGCAGAUCGGACACCAUAUAUUGGGGAGGUGUGGCCUGGUCCUUGCGUUUUUCCUGAUUUCACACAACAAAAAGCUCGUCUAUGGUGGGCAAAAUUGGUUAAAGAUUUUAUGUCCAAUGGUGUGGAUGGUAUCUGGAAUGAUAUGAACGAACCUGCUAUCUUUAAGGUUGUGACCAAAACAAUGCCAGAAAGCAACAUCCACAGAGGGGAUAGUGAGCUUGGUGGAUGCCAGAACCAUUCAUAUUAUCAUAAUGUUUAUGGGAUGCUGAUGGCACGGUCUACAUUUGAGGGGAUGAAGUUGGCUGCUGAAAAGGUACGCCCUUUUGUUCUCACAAGAGCUGGUUAUAUUGGAAGCCAAAGGUAUGCUGCAACAUGGACCGGAGAUAAUCUGUCAACGUGGGAGCAUUUGCAUAUGAGUAUACCUAUGGUACUUUCCCUGGGGCUUAGUGGACAACCAUUAUCAGGGCCAGACAUUGGUGGCUUUGCUGGGAAUGCAACCCCGAGGCUUUUUGGUAGAUGGAUGGGAGUGGGUGCCAUGUUUCCAUUCUGUCGUGGACAUUCAGAGACUGGAACAGUUGAUCAUGAGCCAUGGGCUUUUGGUGAAGAGUGUGAAGAAGUAUGUCGUUUGGCACUUGUGAGACGCUACCAGCUUAUACCAUACAUUUAUACACUUUUCUACAUGGCUCACACUAAGGGUUCUCCUGUGGUUGCUCCGAUUUGUUUUGCAGAUCCAAAGGAUCAAAAUUUGAGGAAAAUCGAAAAUGAAUUCCUUUUGGGAUCUAUAUUAGUGUGUGCUAGUACUGUGCCAGAUAAAGGAUCAGAUGAAUUACAAUUUGUGUUGCCGAAGGGAAUUUGGUUGAGAUUUGAUUUUGGAGAUUCACAUCCUGAUUUGCCUGUUCUCUAUCUGCAAGGUGGAUCAAUCGUUCCUGUAGGUCCUGCCAUUCAAUGUGUCGGGGAAGCAAAGGCAUCUGAUGACUUGUCUCUAAUUGUGGCUUUAGAUGAAUUUGGAAAAGCAAAAGGUGUUCUAUUUGAGGAUGAUGGUGAUGGAUAUGGUUUCUGUGAGGGCGAUUAUCUUUUGUCUCAUUAUGAAGCCGAACUCAAGUCUUCAGUGGUUACAAUCAAAGUGUCCAGAAGUGAAGGAUCAAGGAAGAGACAAAGACGUGUUCUUCAUGUGCGUUUACUGUUGGGAUGUGGAGCAAAGGUUGAGGGUGUCGGUAUUGAUGGAGAGGAAUUGCAAAUUUCCAUGCCUUCGAUACCUGAGGCUUCCAAGAUAUUAACUGAUAGUGAAAAUUAUUAUAAAGCAGCUAUGGAAAAUGCUAAACGAUUGCCGGACAUAGAAAAGCUUGCAGAGAAAGAAGCAGACAUCCUAAGGACUCCUGUGCACUUGAAGGGCAGGGAUUGGGCUCUUAAAAUAGUCCCCUGGAUUGGGGGUAGAAUAAUUUCCAUGCUGCACAUUCCUACAGAAACGGAGUGGCUUCACAGCAGACUUGAAGUUAAUGGAUAUGAGGAAUACAGUGGAGUCGAGUAUCGGUCUGCUGGCUGCACAGAGGAAUACUCCAUAGCCGAAAGGAGGCUUGUGCAGGCAGGAGAUGAAGAUUUCAUCACUUUACAAGGGGAUAUUGGUGGCGGAUUGGUGCUUCAGCGGCACAUUUUGCUUCCAAAGGAUAGGCCGUCUGUACUUCGAAUUGAAUCUGCGAUUCUGGCCCAAAGUGUUGGUCCCGGAUCUGGUGGCUUCUCGAGGGUUGUUUGUCUGCGUGUGCAUCCAACGUUUGCUCUUUUGCACCCAACCGAUGUUUACGUUGCUUUCACUUCUGUGAAUGGAUCCAAGUGCGAGUUCUGGCCAGAAUCUGGUGAUCAGUCUUUAGAAGGAGAUAAUCGUCCAAAUGGGGAAUGGAUGCUGGUGGACAGAUGUGCAGGUCGGGGCCUGCUCAAUAGGUUUGAUGUAGGAGAAGUCCAUACGUGCUUUAUCCACUGGGGGACAGGCACCUGUAACUUGGAGCUCUGGUCCGUAGGCAGGCCAGUUUCCAAGGAUGCUCCCCUGCAGAUAUAUCACGAAUAUGAAGUAACAUACCUCUGAUUGCAGAGGGAAAAAGAAGUAUUUUUCAUCCGAAAGAGGGCCGUGGAAGUGGGGCCUUCAUUUUUUAGGCAGCAUACUCCAACCCCUCUAAAGUAAGAGCUAUAUAUGCCGAUUGAAUCAAUUUUCUGCUCGCUUUAUUCAGUCAUUCAGCGUUUCCAGUAGAGCCAACAAAAAAAUGAACUACUGCCUGAAACAGAUGAACUUACUGUGUGGUAGUAUAAAUACCACGUUUCCUUUAUUUUGAGCCCUGCUUUAGAUGGGCCGGUUGUGGUGCAUUAACUAUUUCUCAUCCUUUUCUGUGCAUUUUACUUGCUUUCUGAGAAUAACUAAAUCCAUUGUAUUUA